AUGGAGGGUUCUGUGCUGAGCCCCACAUCCUGGGAGAAGCGGCGGGCCUGGCUCCGGCAGAGCCGCCACUGGCAGACCCAGGUCCUGGAGGAGGAGGCCGCGGCUGCCCUGCAAGAUGUCUCAGAUCCUGAGCCUGCCAGCCUGGAUGAUGUUUUCCAGGAAGGGAAUCCAGUCAACAAGAUUGAAGACUGGCUGCAGGAUUGCGGAUACUCUGAAGAAGGGUUUUUUGAGGAAACAGGACAGUCAAGCUACAAUGGGUGCCCCAGCCAUGGAACCAGCUUUGAAGAUGACUUGACCCUAGGGGCAGAGGCCACACUGUUGGCCACUAAUGGCAAAGUCUUCUCCAGGAGUUUCCUAGACCCAUCCCGGCCCUGGCAGCUCCUUGAUCUUGGCUGCAGCUUGGCUUCCAGCAGCAUGACUGGUGGUACCAACAAGACUAGCUCUAGCAUCUCUGAGAUUCUGGACAAGGUGCAAGAAGAUGCAGAGGAUGUCCUCUUCAGUCUGGGCUUUGGCCAAGAGGACCACAAGGACACUUCGCGGAUUCCUGCCCGAUUUUUCACCACCCCGUCUCAGGCCAAAGGCAUUGAUUUCCAGCUUUUCCUGAAGGCCCAGGUGCAGAGGAUAGAGAUGGAGGACCCUUGCCUCAUGCUGGCCAGCAGGUUUAAGCAGGUGCAAACACUGGCGGUCACUGCUGAUGCCUUCUUCUGUCUCUACUCCUAUGUGUCUAAGACACCUGUCCAAAAGUUCACACCAUCCCACAUGUUCUGGAAUUACAACCCAACUGAUGUGCCAUCCGUCAGGAUUCUGGCUCCAGAACCUGAACCUCACUCACCCAGAGAGCGCCUCCGGAAAGCCAUCUCCAAGAUGUGCCUGUAUACAAGCCCCCGAGAUCGGCUGUCACCAUCCCAUAAUAUCCCCAAAAGGAACAGUUUGGACCAAGUGGUGUGGGAAGUGAUGGACAGAGUGAGAGGAGAGAAGCUGGUCUUCCAGCAAGACCCUGGAUUUGGGCCAGGCUCAGAGGAAGAUCCUGUGCCCCUCAUCAGGGAUGCAAUGCUGCCCACUUCUUCUGGUCCGUGUGCCCUUUACCCCAAAGAGGAAACACAGCAGGUGUUGUACCCAAUGCAAGCACCAUCACAAACUCUGGAUACUAAACCAGAGGCAACCUGUUGCAGGCAUUCUCUGCCCGGAGCAGAUCUACAGUGGAGCACAGACCCUGCACCGGUAAAGAGAGAGCUGUGGGGUCUACAAGCCACCAAUAAGGAAGUCCAUUUGGCCAAGGAUGAGACUUUCUGGAAAAGAAAGAGCAGAGCAAGAAAGAGCUUGUUUCAGAGGAAUCCCAUGAGCAGGACAGUUAAGUCAUCAGAACUGUCCAUCAUCCAGCAGAGCCAAGAGCAACCAGCACUGCACCAAUCUCUAAACCAGCAGCUGCAGGACACUUGUGACUUGGAGGAGGUGCAAAGCCACAGUGAGGAGGAAGAGAGCUGCUGGCCCAACAGUCCCAGACACCCCCACCUGUAUCAGAAUUUUGCUGGCAAAGACUGGAGAAGGCCCUAG